AUGCCUCACCUGUUGGAUCUCCCGAUCGCGCCUCCUUCGAGAUUCAACGACAGCCGUCCGACGACGACAUACCCCUUUUGCCCUGUUCGCUUCUCUGCCCCCGCGAAUUCAUCUCAUCUCAUCUGCUCUUCGUUGGUUCAACCAUCUUUCCAGCUGCGCUUCAUCCUUCUGCUCAUCGCACGGUUGGUUUAUUCAUUUUUCAUGUCGAAAAUUGAGAAGGAGGAAGAUCUAAGGAAAAAGAACUGGAGUAAUCAAUAUGAGAACCCCCAGUCUGCUCAUCAAUCUGGAUUGAUACUCAAUCAAAUACAAGGCGAUUUCAAUCCCUGGAGUGGGAAAAUUAGAGUCACUUUGUGGGGCGACACAGUGAAGACUUCUGAUGUAAAAGCUUUACAAGCCUCAAAACUGUUGAAAGGUUUGAUCAUGAGGACAAAGGUGAUUUUGCAACUUCACCAAAGCAUUUUAGAGUCAAAAUCUCCAGAGAGGAGGAGAAAGAACGUAAGCCCCCUGUACGGCAGAGCUAGCAAGACCUAG